AUGACGGUAAAACCUCAUCUCUUGAAGAGGAACCAGAUGCACAUGACAGGAGACAAGACUCCAAAGCUCCCAGAGCCCGAAGAUCUGCAAGUGCUUCGCAGCCGCAUCACGGAGCCCGUGGAGACGAACAUCGUCUACGAGGCCAUCCACUCCGUGGGCCUGUACCUGGGCCCCAUGUUUCAAGUUGCCCGGAAAUUGUGGCGACGCGAUACGGAGACGGAGUCCGAGGUUCUAGGGUAUCUACAACUGGACCCACAUGUCAAGAAUGUGGGCUACGUCAUGCACCCUGCCUUGCUGGAUGGUACUAUUCAUAUUCUAGCAACUGCAUCUAUUGGGAAGAAUGUGAGUGGCUUGAAGAUCUUUGGUGGUGUUGGCAAAGUGGCAGUUGCGCGCCAGGAGAAUUUUUCCAGGCUCUCAGGCUACUGGGUUCAUUUGCGGAUCACGGAAUCCUUGGAGGCAUCCCAGACCUUCAAUGUGUCUGUCAUUGGCGAUGACAAUUCGCUGCUCAUGUACAUGGAGGACGUGGUUUUCCGGGCUGUGAAGCCCGAACAGAUUCAGAUGGCCAUCGCCAUGCAGGGGACCAAAGAAGACCAGAAGAUCUACGAUGUGGACUGGUCAGAAUGGUCACCGUCCCCGAGCGAGGCAAGCGAUGACAAAGAGCCCGUGAAACUCCUCGCUGCUGCUGACACCUCGGACCUGCUGAGUGCCCUGAGCAAACUGAAGCCUGAGUCCUCGUUGACUUUCGAAAACCUGUCCAAGACAGACCUCUUUGAAUUCACCCGAAUAUUGCUUGCCUUUGGAGGCACCGCCCGAAGCUCUGUGCUCGAAGGGUUGCUGGCGGUCCUGCACGUGCUUCAGACUUUGGUCAAGGGAGGUAAGCCAAAGGUGGCCGAGCUCUGGCUGGCAACCUUUUGCACUCAGCCGGCUGAAGCUGGGGACGUUUCCUCCGUGCCUCUGCAUGCGGCUGUCUGGGGACUAGCCCGGGCAGCCCGUAACGAGCUCCCCAACCUCCGAAUCUUCUCCCUGGAUUUGCAGAAGGAUCUCCCCGAUGUGCUGCCCCCACUAAACUCAGGCCCCGAGCUGGAGGUGGCAGUACGGUCACGGUCUUUGUUGGUGCCACGGCUGCAGGAGGCCACCUUGGAGACGCAAGAAGCGAGCGUAGCGAGCAGUCUUCCAAAGAAUCCUGGCAGCUGCGUGAUCACCGGAGGCUUGGGAGCUCUGGGCUUGUGCUUUGCCAGUUGGCUGCUGGACCAAAAAGCAGAGGUGGUCUUGGUGUCAAGGAGUGGGAAGCCAGCCGAGGACUGCCAGGUAGCCUUCCGACGUCUGGCAUCCAAGGUCGCAGUGCAUCGCGCAGACAUCACUUCAGCGGAUGAUGCGCAGCGCCUGGUAAAGACGCUUGCAGCGCAGGCGCCUCUCCGGGGCGUCCUUCAUGCCGCAGGGCUCUUGGAGGACCACAUGAUCAUGGACCUGAACAGGACGCACUUUGAGAGAGUUCUGGCUCCGAAGGUCGACGGGACACUGAACCUCAGCGAGGCUCUAGAUGCACAUGGCCAGUCCGACCUGGAGUUCUUCGCGCUCUUCUCCUCCGUAGCUGCGCUGUUGGGCACCCCAGCCCAGGGCAACUACUGUGCCGGCAAUGCCUUCAUGGAUUCCUUCGCGGCUCACUGCCGGCAGAAGGGCCGCAAGGCUGUGAGUGUUCAAUGGGGUCCUUGGGCAGAGGUGGGUAUGGCGGCACGUGCCAAGACCUCGGAGUCCAGCAUUGCACAGCUGAAGCCGUCCAAGGGCCUGGAGGCCAUGGGAGCGAUCUUGGCGGCCCAAAGCAGUUUGAGGACUCCCAUCCUGGCCGUAGCCAGAAUCCAGUGGUCGAAUCUCUUAGCACAGCUGCCUCGCGUGCCAAGCUUCCUUAGCAAGUUCAGUGUCACCAAGACCAGCACUAGAGAGGCGAGUGCCUACAGCAUGGAGGAUGUGAGGUCUUUGGUAGUCGACUCGUUGGCAGAUGCCUUGGGCACAGACGACUUCGAUGUGAACACGCCGCUCAUGGAGCUGGGCCUCGACUCCUUGGCAGGCGUGGAGUUCCGCAACCGCCUCCAGGCUUCCGUGGACGGCAUCAACCUCACGCCAACAUUGAUGUUCGACUACCCCACAGUCCCAGAUCUGGUGGAGUACAUCUGGUCUCAGGCGAAUCUCAUAGUGGGUCCUGCGGAGGAGGAAGAUCUGCCGGCGAUUCAGGUGGAUUCUGGCGGAACCUCCUCGCUGGCGUGGAUACAACUGCCGACCUACCACCUGAACGCCCUGGCCUUGAAAGCUUUUCCUGGAGAAGGGCUUGGGCAUUUCAUUCCCGGCAUCGAGCAGUUCGAUGGAGAGUUCUUCGGCCUCAGCGAGAUGGAACAGCGUGGCAUGGCACCGGAUCCGCACCAGUGGCUCACACUGGAGAUCACCUACGACAGCAUGUUCUCUGCAGGCCUGACAAAGGAGACGAUGAAUGGCCUGGACUGCGGCGUUUACGUUGGCUGCGCCACGCUCGGCGGAAUCGAGCCGGACAUUCCCGCUUUUGGGCCCUUCACGAACAUCGGCUAUGCCUACUCUGGACUGUCCGGCCGCGUGUCCCACACGUUGUCCCUCCGUGGCCCCUGCUUCACUGUCGACACGGCCCUGCGGCUCGGGCGCUGCCGCUUGGCAGCCGCCAGCGGUGUGAACCUGCAGCUGUCGGCUGCAAUUUGGGCCUGCUCUGUGUACGUGGCUCCGGCAGCUGCUGCGCCAGUUGCGCUGCUGGGCGGUGUGGCCAGCGCCUUGCAGCCAUGGCGUGUGAUCCGGGCUGCACUGGCGGAGCGCGCUACACGACCGGAGGUGGAGAACAGAUCUGCAGCGCUGGGCUGCUUGGAGUGCCACGGCACGGGCACUGCGCUGGGAGAUCCCAUUGAGGUCCUUAUGUUGCAGAAGGCCCAGGUGGUCCCCUUGCUCUGGCUGAAGCAGCAGUGGCCCAAGCAUGUGAGCACGAUGUUGACCAAGGCUUACAAAGUUUGGCUUAAAGAGUACUCACAAGGCAACAGCGACGUUACAAUGGCACCUGCAAGUCAGCUCAACUCCAAACUUGCCACAGACAAAGACAUCUGCUUCGAAGAGGUGUGGGUGCCGGCGCAUGCUGAUCACCUGGAAUGGACAGGCCGAGUUGCUGUCAUGGUGCCUGGGCAGCCACUGGUGAACCUGCUGAACUUCCUCCAAGCCCUCCAGCUUGCAUCGGCCGACUCGGCCGUCGUCAUCACGGUGAAGGCACGGCUGGAGCUGCGGGCGGAGAUCCGGCUCUUGGAGUGCGAGGACACGGCGCCGCGGCUCCAGCGCUGCAGCGCCGGGGUCCCUGCGACGCUGCAGACCCGGGACGUCCUGCAAGGCCGCCUCGGCCCGGCGCUGGUCACCGGUGGCCUGGGAGGCACUGCAGAAGUACGCUUGGGGCUCGUCUUGGCUUCCCGCAGUGGCGCGGCCAGUGGCGCCUCACAGGGAGCCGUGGAAAUCCAGAAGUGCGACGUGAGCUCUGCGGAGCAAGUUGUGGCCCUGUCUCAGAGGCCUGGCCUUUGCAUUGACUUGGGAGAGAAGGCUGGCGUUCUGGACCGGUGUGCGCUCAAAGACCUCACGUCCUCCAGGUCGGAUGCUCUUUGCGACGGAGAGUUGGCUUGGCACCUGCAUCCACUGGGCGACCGCCUCGUCCUCUUCUCCUCGGUCUCCUCCUUUUUGGGGCUUUCCAAUGGCGCUGCCUACGCCGCGGCAAACUCCUACCUCGAUGCACUUGCUGUCUGGCGGCAGCAGACGCAGCUUCUGCCUGAGAGCGCCUCAAGCGUCAGCGUGCGCUUCGGGCCCGUGGCCGACGUUGGCAUGGCCGCGGAGAGCAACUCGAAUCUGGAGGGCAUGGCGCUGCGAACGCUGCCGCUGACGCAGGUGACUGGUGCGUUGCGGCUGCUGUUGGCACCAAAGCCUCUGAGCCUCACAGGCCUCACCCUGGCCAGGGCCGAUUGGUCCGCCUAUUUCCGGCAGUCGGCGGGCUUGGCCCCGAUGCUCAAGGACUUCCGCGAGGAGCGCGAAGAGGCGGCCACAAGGAAGGUUGAAGAGCGGUCGCCCCUGGCAGACCUGUCGGGCCCAGAGCGGGAGGUGAAGGUGUUGGCGGCCAUCCAAGAAGCCGCCGGCUCCAUGCAUCUGGAAAUUGAGGCAGACACACCCCUCAUGGAGGCAGGCAUUGAUUCCCUCUCGGCUGUGGAGUUCCGCGGAAAGAUCUCCAGCGAGUUCAGGUCCGUGCGGCUCCCCAGCACACUGAUGUUUGACCACCCGACCUUGAAAGCCAUCUCACAGCACAUUUCCGCGGAGCUGGUGGGCAAGGGGAUGACUGCGGCACCCUUGGCAAAUGGUGUGGCUCCCCUCCCAUCCCAGAAGGAUGCCGUUGAAGUGCUGGGUGCAGCCUGCACGCUGCCAGCUGGCAAGCUUCAGGGACUGCCCUGCAGUCUUUGGCAUGGCACUGACUGCGUGUCAGAGAUGCCUUACUCCCGCUGGGACGUUGAUGAGUAUUACGAUGCAGAGGCUCCCACUGGCUUGGAAAUGUACGUGCGGCACGCCGCUUUCAUCGAAGGUGUGGAGCUCUUCGCCGCGCAGUUCUUCAGCAUCAGCAGGGCUGAAGCAGAGGCCAUGGACCCACAGCAGCGGCACCUGCUGGAAGCCGCUGCGGAAGCCUUUGCAGACUCCAGCUACUCCAGGGCUCGCCUCAUGGGAUUGGGUGCGGGCGUGUUUGUGGGCCAGGAUAAGAGCGACUGGAACCGCAUGCUGUCCGCUGCCCACGCUGGUCCCUUCGCUGCCACUGGCGGCUCUGCCUCGAUCUCCUCGAACCGGAUUUCAUACAGUUUGGGCUUGAAGGGGCCGAGUGCCACGGUGGACACCGCGUGCUCUUCAUCCCUGGUCGCCGCCGAUACUGCCGCAGCCACUUUACGCAGAGGUCGAUGCGAGCUGGCCGUCAUCUGUGGGGUGAACAUGCUGCUCCUGCCGCAGACCUUUAUUGCUUGCUGCCAGGCUCGCAUGCUCUCGGCCGAUGGCCGCUGUCACACCUUUGAUGCCUCAGCCAGCGGUUACACUCGUGGUGAGGGCUGCGGCGCUCAAGUGCUGGCAAACAAAGCUGCAGCCAAUGCUGCGCCGCUGGCGCUGCUUGUUGGCAGUGCUCUAAACCAGGACGGCCGCAGCGCAAAUCUGACCUCCCCGAACGGGCCCUCGCAAACGGCAGUGAUCCAGACAGCCUUGCUGGAAGCCACGCUUUCACCCGAGCAGCUGGGUCAAGUAGAGACCCAUGGCACCGGCACAGAGUUGGGGGAUCCCAUCGAGACAGGGGCACUGCAAGCCGCCCUGGGCUGCUCGCGAGUGCUUCUGCUGGGGGCCAUCAAAUCCAAUUUGGGCCAUCUGGAAGGCGGAGCUGGCAUGGCCGGGCUCCUGAAAUUGGAUGCAAAGGACUUCGCAGCCCUCUUCGCCAGCAGCUCCCCGGUGCAGGCAGGCAGCAGCAAGUCUCUGUUCCUCCGUGAGCUCCUUUGGUUUCGGUGGUACAAACGGCCACGUGGUGCUGAGGCCCCAGGAG